AUGUUCCCUCACUACUUGCUUGCCGCAGCGUCGCUGCUGGGGUCGGCGGUCUUGUCGGUCGGCGGUCUUGGAUCGCAGUGUACUGCGCCCCUCGGUUCCGGCAAUGCUGCAGCUAGCGACCCCUACUGGUUGCAGAACAUUGCACACCAAGGCUACGCGCCAUACGCCUCGUCAUCGUACGCGGUGUACCGUAACGUACAGGACUACGGAGCUAAGGGAGAUGGCGUCACCGAUGACACGGAUGCGAUCAAUGCAGCGAUUUCUGACGGAAGCCGCUGCGGGGACGGUUGCGGCUCGUCGACAACAACUCCGGCAGUGGUAUUCUUCCCUCAAGGCACAUACGUCGUCUCGUCGCCCAUCAUCGCAUACUACUACACUGUCUUGAUCGGCGAUGCCAAGGUUCCUCCCACUCUCUUGGCGAGCUCAAGCUUCAGUGGAAUCGCUGUCAUCGAUGCCGACCCUUACAUUCCAAAUGGCUACGGCUCUCAGUGGUAUGUAAACCAGGACAACUUCUACCGCUCGACUCGCAACUUUGUGAUCGACUUGCGGCAAACCUCCGACACGUCUGGUGUUGCUGGACUUCAUUGGCAAGUUUCCCAGGCGACAUCUCUUGUCAAUAUUGUUGUCGAAAUGAGCACCGCAUCCGACACUACCCAGGAGGGUCUUUACAUGGAGGAUGGCAGUGGCGGGUUUAUGGGAGACCUGGUGUUCAACGGGGGCAAAUACGGAUUGGACGUCGGGAACCAACAAUUCACGGUCCGAAACGUAACGAUCAAUAAUGCCCAGACAGCGGUUCAAACCAUCUGGGGUUGGGGCUGGACUUGGCAAGGCGUCACCAUCAAUAAUUGCGACAUUGGUUUUGCCGUCGUGGUGGGCGAUGCAGCCAGCGGAGGCUCUCAGGGCGCUGCAUCAGAGGGCAUCAUUGACGCCGCUAUCACCGAUGUCACUACCUUCAUCCAGUUGUCGGCGGACACAAGCUCUCUUGACGGGUCACUUGUACUGAACAAUAUUGCUCUGACCAACGUCGGCACGGCGGUUGGUACAUCGGACGGCACGACCUACCUCGCCGGUGGUAGUUACACUGUGGACACGUGGGUACAGGGGAACGUAUACUCAGGCACCAGCAGCAGCGGUACGUUCACCCGAGGAGAUAUCACCUCCAUCAAUAGGCCAUCCGUGUUGGAAGCAAGCAGUGGAUGGAUUUUCCAGAAAUCGCACCCUCAAUACGCAUCUUACUCUUCCAGCCAGUUCAUGAGCUUGCGCUCCCAGGGCGCGAAGGGCGAUGGGUCCACGGACGACACGACUGCGAUCCAGACUGCCAUUAAUAACUACUGGGGCUGCUAUAUUCUCUACUUCGAUGCAGGCAUCUACUUGGUGUCGUCGACGAUCACGAUACCGGCGGGCACGAUCAUCGUCGGUGAAGCCUGGUCAACGAUCGUGGGAUACGGGAGCUCCUUCGAGAAUUACAACGCCCCACAGGCCGUCGUGCAAGUCGGCGAGAACUCCGGAGACGAGGGUGUCGCUGAGAUUACCGACAUGAUAUUCUCGACUCAGGGGCCAACUGCGGGAGCAAUCGUAGUUGAAUGGAACGUUCAUGACCCGUCCGACGAACAGGGCGCGGCUGGAACUUGGGACACUUACAUUAUGUUGCUGCGCACAGGGGAUGUUACUGAUUUGCAGGCCGCUCAGUGCCCCUCGGGAACCAGCCCUUCAGACAACAGCUGCUUCGCUGCAUACAUCGGCCUCUACAUUACAUCUGGGGCAAGCGCAUACUUGGAGGGCCUUUGGGUGUGGUUAGCUGACCAUGAUCUCGACAACUCGAACGGAACUCAACUCAGUCUUUGGUCUGCGCGUGGGAUACUCUCGGAGUCGCAAGGCCCGGUUUGGAUGGUUGGAACCGCCAGCGAACACAAUAUCAUGUAUCAGUAUGGGCUAGCGCAGGCUCAGAACCAUUACAUGGGUUUCAUCCAAACGGAAACGCCUUACUUCCAACCUGACCCGGCACCCACAAACCCGUUCAUCCCGAGUACGAAUUACAACGACCCCACUUCAUGGCCCGGCAACGCCGCUUGGGGCCUGUACAUAACAGGCUCGUCGAACAUCAUCAUCUUCGGUGCUGGUCACUACAGUUUCUAUUCGGCCUACAGCCAAAGUUGCGACAGUAGCGUCGAUUGCCAGUCACAGAUCGUUGAAGUCGACUCAAGCUCGAACAACAUCGGCAUAUAUGGCCUUAACACGGUGUAUUCGACCUAUCAACUCAGCGUCGAUUAUAAUGCCAUCAUCGACCAAACGAGCAACCAGAAUGGCUUCGCUCAAACCAUCACUGUAUGGACGUCAUAG